GUUAUUGUCCGGAUAUAAAGUCAUGGGCCCUCCCUCUUACAGGUUUCUCUAUCCAUUCAUAUCCAGGCUCAUCGCAGACACUUCUCCCAGGUUUCCUCCUUAUAAACCAUCAUUACUCUCUCUCUAUCUCUCUCCAUGUUUCUAUUCAUUUGUCUCUUUUUGGCCUUUGUUGCAACAGCAUGUACUGCAGGCCGUGCUUGCAAACCCUUCCCUCCGUCAAUGCUGGAAUUCUCGGCUCAAUUCGAGCAACCGAAGCCACCAUUGGUCAAUCCUGAGUUCAAGACCAACUUCAUUCAGCACAAAUGGAACGAGAAUGUCUCUCACAUUACUGCGGGGUUCAUCUACAACUCGCCGUCUCAAGGGCUCGUCCGUGUGGACCAUGCAUAUGAGGGUGGGCUUGCAUCCUCGUCCUUUAACUAUUCCAAUGUCACCGACGCGGGCUUGGUAGACAACACCGUCACCACCUUCCUCGGCAGCUCGGAGAAAACGGAAGUUUGGAGGGGAUACGUUAACUCUAACUUCCCUCUAUUCUUAGAGAGCAUCCUAGUCGAAUCCGGAGCUAUCUUUACAGGUCUUGCUAAAAGGGAUCUAGUCACUGAAUGGACAGCAUCUUGGAGCAUCAUGUAUCAAGGCGUCAUCCCCGUGACGGUUUAUGUAAACGGUUGUAACAAUGUUGUUGGAUAUGACUAUUUCACACCCAGCGAGAGGACUAGAGUAGUAACUGAAUUCUUCAGCACUACCGCUGGUGCCGUUCGGAUUUAAAAUGAUCUGGCUGAGUGGUGCAGAUAGCUCAGUGGCUGGGUGUGCUCAGGCUAUGAGAUGUAUGGUGUUCACCACUAGAUAGGAGUGGUUCGUUUGAUGUCGAGACGGCCCGUGAGGUGGGGACACUACGCAGAAUUUCUCCUCUACACAGGCCCAAGAUUCCACAUUUCCAACCCCUGAUAUUGCCACAGCUCCUGCAGAUCCGUCUUGAUCCGAUCUGAGACAAUAAAACCCUUCCAAUGCACUUGAUCCAAGAUUUUCCAAAUUCUGCGCCUCUGGUCAGAAUUUUUGGUGUGGGACCCUGCUAAUCGUAGAGGAAAGAGAAGCAUGACACCC